AUGCUGGAACACCGAUCACGAAAGGCACGGUCGUACAAAACUGUCGCCGUGCCUGUGUGCCUAAACGCCAAGGCAGUCUAUUUGCGAUUAGUGUCCAGUCCUAUCAACGGCAGCGUUCCUCGGUGCCUUCGAUCGGUUCGUCACCUGUCGCGGGCUCACGACCGACGUCUGAACUACGGGGACCAAUUUCAACGACGUCGACCGGCGGUUCCGUCUACUGCGAAUAGCACCACGGCGCCGGCCGUUAUUCCCGUCGCCGACAGGUCGUCAGGUAAAUGGCACUUAAACCUUCCCAGCGCUCCGUCGAAAUCCGGAGCGCUGGGAUUUCUUUAUUAUGUGUCACGUGUCACGAAUUAUACUUGUACCACUAUCAAUUUUUUUUUUUUACCAGUCGGUAAGUUAUCCAUCCAUCAUUUGUGUUUUUCCGAAACGUCCAACCUUUUUUCGUCCAAUUUCAACGUGUCUCGUACUCCUUAUACGUACAUUUAAAAAAAGCUACGUUCUUUAGGUAGAACGAACAAAAAUAAUUUAAAAUCAGUCAAUAAAAUAUGAAACCAAGUAUUUUAAAUCAAAUUGUACUACUUUUUUAUCGAUUUGAAAAUCACUUUGAAAUUGUGUACCGUCGUUGUAUUAAUUGUCAAUACUUCUAUACUCGCGUGUAUUUUAAAAAACGUUUUUAAUGCGCCCGAACACAUAAAUAUUUAUAUAUUAACCGUUACAAAGAUAAAUACAUUCGCACAAACAACACUGGUGGUAAAAUAAAUUAUUAUGGGCCCGUUUCGAGUGCAUUCUGUAAAACGUGAAACUAAAGUAUAAGUAUAGCAAAGCACACGGGAGGGCGGUAAUUUAGUUUUGAUGAACGACGAAGCAACGGAUUUAACACAGGCAUUUUGUGUUUGUAUUCGCUUCUCCUAUAAACUUAAACAAUCUGUAACUUUAUAAUUUAAUAUUCUUUUACUGUACAUAAUACAUAUACUUUAUAAAGAGGAUCUUCCAAAUUGCAUGGUGUAGUUCAAUUUUUUAUGUUUACCAUUUUUUAUCCAAUUUCAUUGUAAUUAUUAGUAAAUCUCUAACCAUCAAAAUUAAAAAGGUUGUGUUUUAAAUCUGUUACUUGUUUUUAAAUUUAACCAAUGGUACAGCUAAUGGUUAGUUGGUGUAGUAGAAUAGAAAAGAUUGAGUGACACUUAUAGUUUAUAGAUCCUUUGUGUGUAUGAACUACUUUUUUUCUAGGGGGCUUCAGCACCCUCAAUUUUUUUAUAGUUGCGCCCCUGGGAACGAUGCCAACACUGUGCAUACUUGUGUUAUAAAUAAUUAAUAGAUGCAAUUCAACACACAUAUAUAAUAUGUUCUAGAUUAGCGCAUUGAAUACUUUUUAUCCCGAAAUUCGUUUGAUAAAGGGUUUUUGAUAAUAUUGCAACAAAACAUGAAUAAUUGUUGUUGAUUCAAAUUUGAUAUGUAGGAACUUUGAAAAAAUGGUCACAGUGGGCCAGAAUAAGUUCAAAAAGGGACAAGAACGAAUAGUUUGAUACUCAAAAAAUAGAUAAUCUGUUAUUACACUUUGAUAGUUCCAAAUUUAUAUUUUUCCCACUACCUAUUAAACCGAAUAACCGAUACUAAUAAUGCACAUGUAUCAAGUAAAAAAAAAAAAAAAAAAAAUGGAUUUUGAAUAAAUAAUAAGUUGAAUACUACUAUAAUAUAAUAUUAAUACUAAGUAAAUAUUAUUUAAUCGCUAAUCAUUAUAAUGUAUAAUGUAUAUGGUAUUUCGAUAGGUUUCAUGUUCAAAUGUUGUUUUUCUAAGAAAAGCCAUGACACGUGAUAAAAAAUACAAAUGUAAAACAUUAGUUGUUUAAAUAUAAUUUAGUAGUAGUUUGGUAUUUUAUACAUAUAAAUUUAAUAAUACGUGUUACACGCAUAAAACGUAUGAAAUAAAGGGUUCUAUAUUUUAAACAUGAUCGAUACCAAUAUAUUUUAGAUUCUGGCGUAGCGAAGAAUGUAUUGGUUUUACAAACAAUGAUGUUUAAUUUGUAUUUUUUUUUUAACGUGAACAAUUUGUUUACAGGAAAUUUCGCUCCGAUUUUCGAGCGUAGCAUUUUUUCUAAAAUAAAAUUUGACUGAGGGUCCUGAAGUCGUUUUCUAAUUUUCCUAAGGGUUUUAUAAUGAACGGGAAAUACCGGGGAAAAAACGUAGGAAAAACGUGAAAAUGUACGAAAUGUAUUAUGUAUUUUAAAAUUGUAAAUAUUACGGCCUUUUAAAACAUGUUUAACCGAACUCCGCUCAGAAUCUUAUCAAAGAUUAAUCGAUGCGUACAGGUUAAAUUUCUCCUCUACCUUCCCAACGGCUCACCUACAAUAGUGGCUAACCCGCCGUGCGAAAUAUUUCCGUUUGAUAUUUUUUUCAUUUUAGAUACUUACAAUAUGUUCAACAAAAAUGUUAGUGCUAUUUAUUUGUACGCACAACCGUAUAAAUUUGCAAACAAUUUUUACCGUUCCGAUAUUUUAUCUCGGGGCUUAUUUUAAGGAUUCUUGUCAACUACGCAUUUGAUUUAAUUAAGCCUUACAUUAUAGGUAUAGAACCACAAUCUCAAAACUUGAUAUCAAAUCAUAAAAAAAAAUGGUGACAUCGUUUGCCUUUUUGGUGGAUUUUAAAAUUUAACCUAUAAAUAAAGUAGAAAUAAAAUAAUAAAUAAACUUUAAAAUAUUAUAUUUUAAUUUAUAAAAUCAUCUUUACUUUUUCAUCAUCAUAUUUAUAUGCUUAAUACCGUUUUAGGAUAUUAUAUUUUCAGUUCGCUCUUUUACAGAUUUUCCAUUUUUAUCAAAAAAUAAUCGAUUUGAUGAAGAUAUCAAACAACGUAAAAGACUGGUCGAUGCAAGUUCAUAAUUAAGUCCACGGAUUUAAACAGCAUAUCAUAAUAUUAGCUGUGCAGAUAGCUACAACAUUAUUGUACAAAACUAUACUAUAAUAUAUCACUAUAUUUAUAUGUUAAUUUAAUUUUCAAGUUAUUUUUAGAUUUCUUUUUUUUUUUCAAUUUCCAGAAUCGGGUUGCUGCCGUUGCAGCCCGUAUUUUUCUUACCAACAAUUAUUAUUAUUUUUUGUAUUACAAAUAUUAUUUGGUAUUAUAAUAAUAUUGUUAUCGAGUAUAUUUUAUGGCUUUAUGGUUAUCUAAUCUUCUGAAAUAUAUUUAUAUACACAAUUAUUUUAUCAAUAAAAAUAAAAAUGUUAGUAUUAUUAUAUUAUUUUCAUUUUCAUUUUAAUAUUCACGUAAAAAAACCAUUAAAACGAUAAAUUUUAAAACAUUUUUAACUUGAUGGACUCUUAAAUCGACUUCGAAAAACUAAGUUAUUUGAACUCUCAACGUUAAUAAUUUGGUAAUUGUUUGCUGUUGAGCGUCUUGUUCUCUUAGAUAAGUGUUUCCCAAAUGGAGAGGCACUCUCCCCCCCUUAUAUUGUUAAAUAUUUUAUUAAAAUGGAACUAAUUCAAAGUCUGAUGGCGUUUUCUACAAUAUAAUAUAAUAUUAAUAAAUUUAAUUUCUUAACUGCAACAAAUUUAAAAUAGAGACAAACGACUUUGAAAUUAAUUAUAAAUUUCUGGAUUUAGAAAUACUGCCAAGAGAAAUUCACUGUGGAAAAAUAAAAUUGACUAACAAACCAGAAAAAACUGUCCAAAUUCGCCUAUUGAAGCAUACGAGUACAUUAAAUGUAAUUCUGAAUGUUUUCCAAACGUAUCUUUUAUUUUGAAACUAUUAGCUACAUUGCCAGUUUCGACCUCAACGCCAGAACGCACCUUUUCAACCAUGAAAAAAUGAAUAAAUUAUUUAUGUAACUCAUCAGGCCAAAAACGUCUUACGGGUUUAGCUCUUUUGAGUGUGCACAGGUAAAUUAAAAUCUAUCUGGAUGAUGUAUUGAUCGUUUGGCUAAAGAAAAAAAGGACUACUAGAUUUUGUGCUAUAAAAUAUAAUAAAAUAAUUAAAAUGUUUAAUACUCGUAAAUAAAUAAUAAAUAUGUAAAUAAAAAAUGUAUGUAUAAAAACAGAGAAACCAACGAAUGCGUCGCUUAGAGUAUUAUGAUAAGUGAUACGACCGGUUUCGAAUUAAAAAUUCACCAUCAGGUAUAUCACAGUCAAAAUGUAAAACGCAACUGAAUAUGAAAAAAUUAAACGAAGGAAUACAUAGAAAAAAAAACUGUAUAAAUUGGUCGUUUCACAUAGAAAUAAUUUAUUUUAAUAGAGAUUAUUUAAAAUGGGUUAUUAUUAGACAUAGAUAAUAAUAUAAUCUUAUAUCAAUACAUUUUAGAUAAUAUAUAAUAAAUAAUAAUCAAAUAAUGUAUAUUUCUUAACCUAUGUCUAAUAAUAACCCAUUUUAAAUAAUCUUUCCUAUUAAAAUAAAUUAUUUCUAUGUGAAACAACCAAUUUGUAUAAUUCUUUUUUUUUCUAUGUAUUUAAUUUUAGAUUCUGAAUGGAGCGAGGAAUGUAUUCGUUUUACAAUGAUAUUUAUUUUCAUUUUUUUUUAAUUUUUUAUGUGAACGCUUUUUCUACUAGAAAGUAUACUUCGAUUAUCAAGUAUAGCACUUUUUCUGAAAGGAAAUGUUCUCUGGGCGGUACUUUAAAGAGGUAAUUUUUUUGAUUUUCCUCGGGACGUUUAUUUAAUAAAUGGGAAAAAUCGGGAAAAACGUUGGAAAAACUGGAGAAUUGGUAUAAUAUUAAACUAGUAUUAUUAAAGAAAAUGUAUAAUGCACAUGCAAUUAUUUUACCAUAAUACGAGUUAACUUAUAUACUCGUAUGACUUAUAUACUGUUGACAAAGCAACACUCUCAACCGAACUCCGUUCAGAAUAGUUUUUAUAAUUAAAUACACAUUAAAUUAUCUACAACAGCGGCUGCACCUGUUUCCAUUAUCCUAGAACAGCUUUUUUUUGUUUUGUUUUAACUGACAGCUUUUUUUUGUUUUGUUUUAACUGCUAUGGAAGUAUAUUAUUUGAUUUAACCCCUCCUCCCCUUCCAGAAAAUUUUUUCAAGCUACGACCUUGUCAACCGUUAAUUGUUAACAUGACUAAAUAAGUGUGCGUCAAAAUUGACUUCACGCGGAAUCAUAGACCUAGUAUAGAUGUACUUGGAUGUACUAGAUAUACUUAGUAUGAGGUCUAUGCGUGGAAUGAACCAUGGUAUUAUAAUGUUGUAUUUCAUGAAAAAAUAUACUGUGGUCUGUGGCCGUAGUUUAAUAUCCGUUUUGCCGUAAUGUCAACACACCCAGUAGGUGUUUGUAUGUUAAAACGUAACGCGUGAAUAAGAGGAACGUAAGCGCGCGAAACGAACGGAAAAAUCGGCCAGAUUCAAAAUACGUUUGCAUCCCCGUGGGAAAAUUGAAAUUAACGUUCCCGUAACACGCCACCAGCAGGGCAUUGCUCGGUUGUUCGCUCGGGAUCUAACGAAAUAAUCAGUAAAAUACGCGUCGGCCGGCGGUGGCAGUGCUGCAGUAGACUUUCUAAUAAUCGAGUCGUCUGCGGAAAUCGUAACGCGCGCGCCGCGCAUGACGUGAUAACGGACGGCGACGCGGACGCGCGCCUCCGCUUUAUUCCCGGUCGUAUAGGUACGAGUUAUUAUUAUUAUUAGGGCGGCGGCGGUGUACGUAAUUUAUUAUUAUAGUAGUGGCAAACGGCCAGCAACCGCCGCCGCCGCCGCCGCCGCCGCCGCUGCCUCGUGCGAUUUCAUUGACGUCGUCGUUUCACCUCGCGGACACUGACCGCCGCCGCCCGUCGCGGAUACGCGGACGGGGCGGACGACAUCUUCCGCGACGGCGCGUCAAUAAUAUAUCGGUACAUUUUUGUACAAGGUGUACCAAAGUUGGAGGCGGCGUGGUCGUUUUCACGUGUUUCCUAUCCCGGUGGCUCGCCCCGUAAAUAAUCGAUAACGCUCAUUGUUUUUCGACCCUCCCGUCCGUCUCUUUCCAGCCGCGCGUUAUCGGCCGUCUGGCGACCGCUAAUGCGCAGUACGUAAUAUUAUAAUAUUUCUGUAUUCGCAGUUGGCCAUUAAAAUGUCGGCCGUUACGGGCGGUAUUUAGAAAGCAAACAAAUAAUCAUUUUUCAUUUCCAAAUUUAAUAGGCGCACAAAAUACAAUUAUAAAAUACAAUUACAAUUGCAAAAUGCAUUUACACUAUAUUAUUAUUAUUACUGUUAUUUGUGACCGCCACCACGCGCGUUUGGGCUUUAAAAAAAAAAAAAAAAAAAAAAAAAACGCGGCACAAUAUUAUUAUCAUAUGCCGUUGAGGAAUUUUUAGGUCAACGGUAACAUUCAACCGUAAUAGAAAAUAUUUAUCGCGGAAGUUAACCGCCUUUUUAUGUUUUUUUUCUCAAUGCGACUCGGAGGGUAAAGCGUAAUAAAGUACGUGAUUGGUAUUAUUUGGGUCUUUUGGUUUAGGAUUUUUAGUUUGAAAAACAAAAUGGUGUUUUAUUUUACACAGUGUUUACAAGUGUUGGGUCAAUGUGCUUGAAGACUAGGACACCCUGUACACACACGUUAUUAUUGUAAAAUAGGAAGAAAAACAAACGUGGCCGUCGUUGCUUCUGCUGCGUAGUUGUAGAUCGCGUAGUGAUGUUUAACUUUUUUUUUCGCGCGCGUGGUCGACUGGACGGAUUUCCCUCCAAUAUGUCGUCGGUGGCCAACCGUUGGCGGCACUGUCACUUUGGACCGCGGGUUAAGGAAUCCGAGCCCUCCUCCCGUCCGCCCCGGGCGUCGCGCGCAUUCGUUUCGCACUGUACGUAGUAUCGAAAACAACUACAACACUGUGGCCUCGUCCUUCAGUGGGCCCGUUCGUUGUAUUCUGGGUCGUCGUUUCGACUGGACUUUUUUUUUUAAAACAUUUUUUAAUAGUGAACUUUUCAUUUUUGGUUUUUACAUUUCCGUUUUACCGCCGCGUUUCGCGUUCUCUGGACGUGAGCGACUUUCCUACACAUCAACAGCAACAACUAUUCAACAAUAAAUCCCAUCCCGAGGACGGACCGGACCUGUACGCUGUGUCACCGUCGCCAUCGCAUCGCUCAUUCUAAAAAACUUCACUCCUUAGGUGAGUCUGGGUGUAAAAUAUAAUCUAAUACACGCAUACAAUUUUAAGCGUUAUACCUACGUCGUUUUCGGUAUGUUAUAACUACGUAGAUAUUUUAACUAACUGAUACGUAGGUAAGUGUGUGUGUGUGUAUGUAUGUAUAUAUAUAUAUAUAUAUAUAUAUGUAUACACACACACACUUAUACUUCCACUAUAUAUAUAUACGCGCGCGCGUGUGAGUGUGGUCGUCUACCUGACAUUUUGGCGGGGCUGCGGCAAACUCGCGCGCUUCUCCGUGAGGGCCGCGGGCUAAUAUGGCCACCACCCGCCCGUUAUCAUCGAUUCGCGCCAUUUUAGCCGUCCCUCACCACUCCUUCCCCCCUCAGUGACAUCCCUACGUAUUCCGCCCAACAGAAUGUCUGAUGCCUUUGUAGAUCGACUAAAGGUGUCUUUGGGAACCCGCACUACCCUGUUGAAACGGUAGGAACGAAAUAACCCGCUGAAGAUUGUUAUUAUUAUUAUUAUUACCUACCGAAGAUGAAUACUCACACACAUAAACUUGAUGGUUGAUUGUCAGGGGUUUAUGCUUUUCAUAUCUACGUUUGUAUUAAUUCCCAUGCAUAUGUAGGUACUCAAAGUUAAAAUGUCCCUACCUUGUAAGAAUAUUUUCUUAUUGCUAGGUACUUAGUACCUACUAAAAUGUCGGUGGGUAUUAAAUAUAAUAUGCAAUAAUAGGUAGUUCGGUGUAUUUUAUGAUAAAUGUUAUUUUAAUAUUUUUCAUUUCACCUACAUUAUUGUCAUGAUAUUCUUUAAAAGUCUAAAUAUUUUUUAUUGUCGCAAUGAUUUAAUUUUAGUAGGUACAUGUUAUUGUUGUUUUAAUACGCUAAACUUGGAUAUUUAUUGAAAACUGAAUAUAAUUGAUUUUAAUGUUAAAUAGUUCUAAAGUAUUAUACUUCUUAUACCUGUGCAUAAUAUAGUAUUGUUAUUGUAAACAAAUACAGUUUAAAUCUUAAUAUCCAUAAAUAUUCUACUUGUACUUACUGUAUUUUUGUAUCAUUUUAUUAUUUGGUAUUAAUAUUUGUUAUAUUCAUUGUAAUUAUUGUUUUGUAUAAACAAAUUAGAAACAACUGAUAGUAAUUAAAUGUGUUGCAUAAUAAUCUUUUAAACACAAUUUCAUUAGUAUCACAUUAACAUUUUUUAAAGUACAAGAUGGAGUAAAAGAUUAAUAUUUUAUUUUACCAUUCUAAUUAAUUAUAAUUUACUGAUACUUAAAUAUGAUUGGUUUUGUCAUUUGUCGUUUUAUUGUCUAAAGUCUCAAAUAGUUUUGUUAUCUAAUCUAUAUGGAUACCGCUGCCUUAUUUUUUUUUAAACAAGGUAUAUACACAUUUGAGUACCAAGUUCAAUUAAAUUAUUAUUCUAAUUGAGUUCCUAUAAUUACAUAUUUGUUAAAGUAGAUAAUAUUUCAAAUUUUAAUUUCCCUAUUUCGAAUUUGUUUGUAUUAGUUCCAAAUUGAAAUAGGUUGAGAUUGUAUAUAACAAUAACAUUAAUAAUGAUUAUUCUCUGGGCUAUUCAUUUAAAUAUCCAGUCCAUAUUAUUGUUCCUGCAUUAUCAAAUUUUUGGUACCUAAUUGAUAAAUAAUAAUCAAAGAAUUAUGUAGAUAUCUAGCUGGUAGGUACUUCAAGUAGGUAUCUAGUGUAAUUAAUUUAAAUUGUAUUUUAAAUAGGUACUCAAGUAUUUAUAAAUUGUUAUCAAUCUAUUUCUGUAAUCAACAAAGAUUUAAAUUGUAAUAUAUUUAAAAUGCUCAUAUAAUACACUACUAUAUUAUAAGAAUUUCUGUGUAUAUUUCAAAUAAGCAUCUAUCAUGGAAUUAUUAUUUAGAAUUUAGUAGAAUAUUGAUAAUUUUUAUUUGGGAAUUUUUCCUUUAAUUUUCAACAUCUAAACAAAUGAUGAAUCAUAUGACCUAGAUUUAAAUAAGUAAAUAAACAAAUACAAAUAUAGUGUUAAUAAAAAUAAUAAUUUAUUGUAAAGUCUGUUGACUUCAGUUACAUUUUACUUUCUCUGUUAUACAACCAUAUAGAUAGGUACAUAGUUAUGCAUUUUUGUAUUGUGAACCAAAUUAAUUUUUAGUAUUUAUACUUGAUCUUAAUUAGGUACCUAAUUAAUUAUCACCUUAUGAGAUUCCUAAAUAUAUUUAUAGAAUUAGAGAUGUAUAAAAUAUCCAAAAUGAGCUCUUUCAUUUCUAUUGCUGUUGUGAGUGUAAAGAAGUAAUUAUUUUAUGCCUUCUAUUUUUGUUUACCAACAGAAAUGUAAAUUAUAAUUAAGUUUAUUUUUAUUAGGCAUCUACCUUAUUAUUGUUAUAUUCAUUAAACAAAUGGUAGGUACUUCAAUUAUUAUGAGAUUGAGAUUAUUUCUGAAGUUUAAACUAAAUAUUAAAAUUAGUAAAUAUUUAAUAUACCUUUAAGAAUUUAGGAUUAAUUGGUUACUAUUUUGUUAGUCAGUUAUUUAAACUUUUAACAGAUUGCAUGGGAAAUGAAUAAUGACAUACAUGUACUUCUAUUUUUAGAUUUCACUUUACCCGAUUUAAUAUAAUUUAAAUUUAUAAAUUAACAGCUGUUUUCAGCAAUAUAAAUGUUGAUUUUUAAACUGAGUUUAUAAAAUAACUGACAAAUCAUGGCUGGUUACUACGCCUUAGUUGGUGUUGGUGAAAACAAUCCUCAGUCAAUUUUUUUUAGGUUUUUUUGGCGAGUUGUGAAAAUAUGUUUCACAUAAUAUAUAUUAUUUUAUACUUUUUCAUCUUAAAUUACAUUAGAUGACUUAAAAUGUCUUCAAGAAUACUUGGAAAAAUUACAGUUUGAACCACAAAAAGUAGAACUUGGUAAAUUCAAUUGGCUGAUAAAUCUAUUUCAUGUUCCUAUAUUUACAAGGUAUUGAACAUAUUUGCAGUUUUCGAGAAGAAAUCUCGAUCUUUAAGCUAGUUAAGUUCAAAAGAAAAUAUUUCUCAAAAUGUCUCGUUCAAUUUUGAGCAUAGCUUAAAGACAAACCUAUUUUUUCAAAACAAUCUGAAAAUGCUUGAUUAUCAUUCCCAACAACGUACCUAUGUAAACCUGGGUUUUCUGCAUUGACCAUCAUUAAAUCAGAAUACAGAAAUUACCUUGAUCCCCAACAAAUGUUAUCAUGUGGUAUGCACAUUCACACACCAUUUAUCUUAAUAUUGAAGGAUUUGUGUAAAGUGUUUAGCACCAAGGAAGUUAAUAUAUUAACUCUUAAUAGUAGUUAAAUGAAUUGUUAUAGCUAAAUUAUGAUUUCAGUUAAUAUAUUUAAUACAAUCAUUAUUAUAUUUUUUUAGUAAUUUUAACAUUUUUGGGUCACUUUAAUAAAAGGUUGGAAACCGCUGCAUUAAAUUGAUAUUUAGAUUAAUUUUAUCUAAUAUAAUAAAUAAAUAAAUACAAUUUUAUUUUAAAGUAGUAGGUAUAAUAGUAGAGACAUAUAUAUUUAUAGUAAGAUAGAAAAAUUAAUUGAAUAAAUUAUUUUAUUAUUUUUUAGUAUUCAUUACUUGACCCUCCGGAGUAUUCAUCAUUAGGGUGACAUAGAAAACGAUUUAGUUAAAAUGGAUUCUAAUAAAUUUUACUAAUAAACGCUAUUUGGCGCUCACAACAGUAACAACAUAAUUGUUAAACGUAAGUACCCUAUCCUAUUAAAGUAGUAUUAGUUUUAAGUAAUAUACUUUCUCUUUAAACCUAAUCAGAUAAAAUAAAUAAUUGUAAUUGUAUUUACACAAUUAAAUUAAGUUGAUGUAGGUAUGCCAGAUAACUUUUUAAUUUCUAAAAAAAACAUUUGUGCAAAUAUAUUUUGGGGUUUUUGGCAUACUAAAAUAUACUAUCUGGCAUCAAUUGUUGUCAUACUUAUUUCCCUUUAAAACAGUAAAAUGUUAACACAGUAUAAAGUUCAAAUUGUUUUUAAAGUUAUUAUUUAGUUCAUGUAAACUACUAAAAAUAUUUUACCCUGAACAUUGAGCAAUUAAUGUCAAAAUAUGACAAAUAGAAUUUAAAUUAUAGAAUAUAAAAUUUUAAUUUAUGUUAAAAUAAGUGUAAUAUUUGUAAGUAUUUAAUAAUACUUAGGUUUUAACAUAAAGUCAAAAAUUAUUGUUUUAUUUGCAUAGUUUUAGUUAAAAUGUAACAAUAAAAAAAAAUAUAUGUGUACAUAUAUAUAGAUAGAUACACCUAUCAAUCUAAAUAUAAAUUAUAUUAUUAUUAAAUUCAGAAUAGACAAUGAAAGUUUUGUUUUGUUUUUUUGAAAACACAUUUAAGUAAAGAAAAUAUACUCAAUUGAGUAGAGUAGGUUAGGUAUUUUUUUCAAGUGGUGGAAUUUACUGAAUAUUCUAAAAUCUUGGAGAUUUGAAAAAAUGUUUAAACAUUUAAAUUUUGGCAGUAUACGUUAUUCAAAUAUUUUUAUAUGGGUAACUAGAAUACAAAUAAUAAGAUAUUUUUAAUCAUUAGAUAAUAAAUUAUUAAAUUUAAAUGAAAGAAGAGUUGUUACUGAUGAGUGUGUCCAUAUUAUAGUGGGAAUGUAGAAUAUAUAAAGUUUUAGAUUUGGAGUAUAUCUUAUGAGUAAUGACAAAAUCAUUGCUAACAAAAUGCAAUUCUCAACAUGCUUGCAUGUUUUUAUAAACAUGUAUUUUUAAUUAAUGUAUUGUUUAACAUAUAUUAAAUAUUACAAAUCACUUGCUAUUUGUUUGAACAUUUCUGAUUAAAAAUUAAACAAAUUUGUAUUAUGUAUACUGUAAAUGAAAUAUAUUUCAGUCUUGAAAAAAUAAAACUUUGAUUUUGUAUAUUUCUUAUUCUAGCCAAAAAAUAA